AUGAAUCCAGACUCACAACCUAGUACCUCUAGAGGCCGAUUUUCGGCAGAUCAAGCUAGAAACCUUAUCCAGAGAUGGAUUGGAGAUGACUCGGACUCGAGUGAAGAAACCAGUGAUUGUGAUUUGAAUCUGAGUAGUGAUGAAGAAGAGCAACCAACGUUAGAUCUAGAUCGUGGUGCUGAUGAGAGCAGUGACGGUGAGGUGGAACCAGCUCCAAAGAGACAGUGCAAAGGGAAAGGAAAGGGCAAGUCUAGUACUAGGCCUAGAUCUAGGUCUACUCAGUCUUCUGCAACUGCAACUGCUAAAUCUAGAUCUACUGUUUCUGAUCCUCCUGCUACUGCUAGUGCUAGAGACAAUGGUGGGUGGAGUCAUAUUGAGCAUGGAGGAACAGCAAACACCAUACGUUUUCUUCCGACAAAGGUUCCAGGUGUGUUGCCAGAAUCUGGCUUGGAUGAGAAUUCAAGUGCCCUGGACUGUCUGUCUGUUCUGUUAGACCGUGAGGUGAAACAAGUUAUUGUGACUUUCAUCAAUGACUAUGCUGAAAAGAGAAUAGCAGAGAAAAGUGGCAACUUUAGUCCUAGGUCGGUUUUUGCGCGUUGGAAGAAAAUUACUGUCAAGGAGUUCGACAAAUUUAUGGCAGUGCUAAUCCUGAUAGGUUUAGAUCGCCGUCCCGCCAUCUCUGACUACUGGUCCAUGUCACCCGAGUUCUGCACAGCAUGGUACCAUAGUAUGUUUCCCCGACAGAGGUUCCAGGACAUAUAUCAUUCCAUGCUGCAUGCUGGUGAUAAAGAUGCGGAAGGGAAGGAUAAGAUCGAGCCAUUCAUGAAUUUACUUCUUGGCAAAUUCCGUGGGGCUUUUUAUCCGUUCCAAGAAUUGUCCAUUGACGAAAUGGUUAUCGGUUUCAAGGGUCGAUGGCAAUUCAAACAGUUCAACGCAAGCAAACCCAGCAAGUAUCACAUCAAGACGUUUGGUCUUUGUGAUUCAUCAACUGGGUAUGUGAUGAAUAUACUGACAUAUUUCGGCGCCAAUACGUCAUAUGACCCUGAAGCAGAUGCAGACAGUGGUGCAGCUGUGAAGAUCUUCGACACGCUCCUCACCUGUGUUGACAGAGGUCACAAGAUCUAUGCUGACCGUUAUUACACAACGAGGGCUCUUGUUGACCAUCUGCUCAAAAAAAGGCACCACUACACCGGCACGCUUAUGCUGAACAGAAAAUCUUUUCCACCUCAGCUGAAAAACCUGAGUCUGCAACAUCGACAAAUGCGCUGGUUUCUCCAUGAGAAUGCAGAUGUCCUGUGUGUGGCUUUUCGGGACAAAAAAGCCAAGAAUCCAGUUGUUCUCGUUUCCACUGACGCACAGGUGGAUACAACACGAGUCAAAGAUGUUGACAAGCCGACUGUCAUCCAUGACUACAACAGUCACAUGAAUGGCUGUGACCUUCUUGACCAGAAGGUCACAUAUUACCCCGUCUUCUCCCGCAAAUCAGUGAAGUGGUGGAAGAAGCUGUUCUUUUGGAUGAUGGAGAUAACUCAGGUCAAUGCUUUCAUUCUCUACACCCUCACAAGAACAGACGCGCAGAAGAAGAUCGGGUUGAAAAAGUUCAAACUGAUGCUCGUUCGGCAAAUUGUCGAAAGUCUUGCUAACAGCAACAACGACAACAACAACGAUAACAAUGACGAGGCUAGAGCUCCAGGCAGACAACCGGAGAACAAUCCAAUGGAGCGCAUUCAAGGUACUCGUCACAUCAUCUCCUACGUGAAGCGUGACAGAAACUGUGUGGUGUGCUCUAAGGAUGGGGCAAGAAAAAGAACUCACUUUGUCUGCCUUGGAUGCAGUGGUGCACCCCAUUUGCACCCUAAGGACUGUUUCCAAGCCUACCACAAUGUCUAA